GGAAAAAUGGUUUUCACUUUGAGCAAAAGAGUGCUAUGCUUCAUCAUCAUCAUCACUUUUACCUGUUUCUUGAAACUUGCAAAGCCUUCAAACUUGAGGGAAGACACGUUGCUCCAAGGCCAUCCCCUUGCAGCAACCGACCGUUUGAUUUCGCCUUCUUCUUUAUACACACUGCGUUUCUUUCAGCUUGAUGAUGGGUCUGAAGCUAGCACCAAAUUCUACCUUGGCAUAUCAGCCAAUAAGUACUAUUACUAUGUUUGGCUUGCCAACAGGGACAAUCCAAUCCACGAUGACCCCGGAGUUCUCACCAUUGAUGAAUAUGGCAACCUCAAAAUUGUGUCAAGUACUACCACUGUGAUGCUAUAUUCAGUCGAAGCAGAAAGUAACAAAAGUGUUAGAGCCUCUUUGCUUGACACAGGAAACUUUGUGCUUCAUGAAUUGAACUUAGAUGGAUCUGUGAAAAGGGUGUUAUGGCAAAGCUUUGAUUACCCCACAGACACUAUUUUACCAGGGAUGAAGCUUGGCUAUGACAAGCACACUGGCCACAAGUGGUCUCUAACAGCAAGGAGAAGUUACAAAACUCUUUGGUCAGGGUCUUUCUCUCUCAGCCUUGACCCCAAAAUUAACCAAUUGAUUUCCAGAUGGAGAGGGGACAUUAUUUGGGCCAGUGGAGAGUGGAGAAAUGGAAGUUUUAGCAACCUGAAAUCCUCAUCACUUGACAGAGAGAACUUCAACUUCACUUUCUUUUCAAACGAAAGUUUGACCUACUUUGAAUAUUCUCCAGAUUCUGGUUAUCUCAUCAUGGGACCAUUGGGUAUAAUCAAUGCUACCGGUGUCUCUUACUCCUGUGUUGGCACUGAGAUUGUGCCUGGUUGUACAAUGCCACAGCCUCCCAAAUGUAGGGAAAAUGGUGAUUUGUACUUGCCAAGUUGGAAUAGUUUUGGAGCAAUGUCAAGAAAGGGAUACAUAUUUGAUGAAAGAGAGAACAUGACCAUUUCUGAUUGCUGGAUGAGGUGUUUGAAAAAUUGCUCCUGUGAGGCUUACACUUAUGCAUUCAAGGAUGCAACUGGCUGUGAAAUAUGGAGCAGAUACACAUCACACUUUGUUGAGGGUAAUUCCGGUGUUGGCCGUCCAAUUUUCUUCUUUCUCAGCGAAACCAAAGCCAAAGGCAAGAAGAGGAGAAUAUGGAUUGCUAGUGCUGCGGUUGGAGUUCUUCUCCUCAUACUCUCAUUCAUUGCAUCCUUUAUCAUGUUGGGGAGAAAACAAAAACAAAGAGUUGAAAAUCGUAAGAAGCGAACAAAUGUAUUCUCUGACAUUGGAGAAAAUACUGAAAUUUCUGAUGCAUGCGAUGAAGGAAGAGAAGAAUGGAAUGAGAAAAGGACAGGCAGUGAUACACAUAAAUUCGACUUUAUAACCAUUCUUCAGGCAACGGACAAUUUCUCUUUAGCGAAUAAGAUUGGAGAGGGUGGUUUUGGACCUGUUUACAAGGGGAAAUUGGCAAAUGGUCAAGAAAUAGCUAUAAAGAGACUUUCAAAAAGCUCGGGACAAGGAUUGGUAGAGUUCAGAAACGAAGCUAUGCUGAUUGUGAAACUGCAGCACACUAACCUAGUGAGGCUUUUAGGAUUUUGCAUUGACAGAGAAGAAAGGAUAUUAGUCUAUGAAUACAUGGCCAACAAAAGUUUGAAUUUAUACCUUUUCGGUAUGAAAAAUAUUCUCAUCUAAUAUGCUUGGUCAUUUUGUUCAAUAACAUUCAACACUUUGAUAUUUUUUAUUAAUUGUUCAUUGUGGUUUUCUUCUAAACAGAGGCCAACAAAAGAACUGCGUUAGAUUGGAAGAUAAGGUACAAAAUUAUUGAAGGAAUUGCUCAAGGACUUGUGUAUUUACAUCAAUAUUCAAGAUUAAAAGUGAUACACAGAGAUUUGAAGGCUAGUAAUAUUUUGUUGGACAAUGAGUUAAAUCCAAAAAUAUCUGAUUUUGGAAUGGCUCGGAUACUUAAAUGGACAAUACUAGAAGAAAAAACAAAUAGAGUUGUUGGAACAUAGUGAGUAUUUAUGUGAUUAAAAUUUCUUUUUACAUAUUCUGUAAGUUUUUAACAUUUUUAUAGUGGU